GCGAUCGAGAAACGUUUGCGCUGACGAAAACAGCUUGAAAAACUCUGAUUGAAAAUGUACUAGACGAUCGAAUCGAAAUGUGCGAUUCUUGUUCGGAUUUCGUGCGUUUGUUGAACACUUACGAGAAUAAAGUUUGUAAGGAAACAAACGAUUUACCAAUCUUGAAUGAACAGGAAAUCGACACCGUUUUCGUUUAUUUACAAACAUGGCCGACGAGGCAGUGCAUGUGCUGCUACCGCGACCCCCGCAACCUCGACCGCUUCGCCACCCUGACCGAAUCGCUCAUCUUGACCUGCGUACGCCAUCUGCAACGUCUUUCCUCUUCGACCACUCCCGCAAACGGCCAGGACGACGAUCCCGCUCACCACAAACUGCUGGUCGCCGCUUCCAAGACGUUCCUGCUCAACUAUCCGUUGUACGUCGCGCUCCGCCACGCUCCUCAGCCCAUAAGGAGAGAACGACUCGGCGGAGAGGAGGAGGUGUGUGGCGCCCAUGAUGCCGACGUGCCCGCCCAACUAUUGAGGAAUGUGGGCGUGUUUUGCGGAGCGGGCGGCGUCGAGGCGGCGGCCGCCUGCUUCGAAAAGGGAGGUGGUGGCGAGAUGAGCACUACGCAGGCCCACGCUAUUGUGGCCGUCGUGUGCAACUUGAAGCUGUGGAUGAACUAUAAGAGCAUGGUGGCGAUGGUGGCGCCGUUGCGGUCGUCCGUGCUGCGGUACAUGUGUCGACUGAGCGAUCAGGAAUUGAGGACCGCCACCGUGAAAAGCAUGGCGGACUUUAUGUGGAACGCGAUCAGAGAACCGUUGGACGCGACCGGCGCCGUUUUCGAUCGCGACGGUCUGGAUUUGGCGUUCAAAUACUUCGCAUCUCCCACCUUGACGAUGCGUUUGGCCGGAGUGGCGCAGAUCAACGGCCAGAUAGGCGCUUUGGCCGAAGCAUGUGCGAACGGAGUGACGAUGGGCGGCAUGGUGGCGGGUGCGUUGGGCGGAGCCGGAGACGGAGAGUCCGCUCCUCGAUGCACCGCCGAUUGGUUGAUCGCCAACGGAAUCGUGGGUCAUUUGUUCGGCCCUAAUUUGCACGUCGAGGUGAUCAAACAGAGUCACAUCAUCUUGAACUUUCUCGCGAUGGAGAACCGCAUCACUCGAGAACAUAUCGACUUAAUAUGGGCGGCCGCCCAAUUGAAGCACUGCGCCAAACCGGUUCACGAUUUACUACCCGGUUUGGUGAAACAUUUGGCUGUUGCGCCCACUCUGCACUUGUACAAUUUGCUCAAACGGCUCGAACCCAAGGAGCACACGGAGCAGACGCUCUAUCUGGCUUCCGCCCUGAUCAAGGCGAUUUGGUCGAGAAGCGCCGGCACAAAUCAAGUGGGCGUGGAGCCGAUGCCACAGGAAGGCGUGCCGAUGCACAAGUGUUCCGCCCAGUUGCCGCCGACCUCCACAUCCGAAAACAGCGUCAGUUUGGAUCCGAGCAAUUCCGACGACGAACAUCACGGUGAUAGUUCGGAUCGUCGGUCGGUGGAUAGCGAAGAAGCGGCCGCUUUAAGACGUGGCCUGGACGGAGAACCUCCCUGCAAACUGGCGCGAAAACAACGCGCAGGCAGAAGCAGAAGACGACGCGACGGCGGCAGCAGUACCGACACAGAAAUCGACGGAGUACCGUUGAAACCCGAAAAGGCCAAGUGGAUUGCGGUUUCGCCGCGAGCCGAAAAGUUCAGUAAAAAAACGUUGAGCCAGAACAUUCAAAAGAAACUGGCGUCAGUUUUGCCGGAAGGCAUCGAAACCAUAGCGUCGAGCAGUUCGCAAGAAGAUCUGGAAGAUCUGGAAGUCAUGGAAAUGGAAGAGGACGAGGACGACGAAGAAACGCACAAGAUGAGGAAACGACGGAAAAUGUUGAGGAAAACCAGAGUCAAACGACAAAAAGGGGACGACAAGAAGCAAGAGGAACAACAUCACGAAACGGACAGCGAGCACGAGGAUCUUUUGCCGAUUCAGACGCAACUGAUGCCGAACGUGGUUGUCGAAGGAAAAGAGGAAAAAAUCCAAUUUUCGAGAAGAAAAACUCGAAGAAGGAGACACAGAUUACAAAGAGACAGUUCGGAAGAAAUGGUCAGGAGAGGAGAGUUUUUGGCACUAAGAAGAACGGGCCACAUUUUGGAAAUGUUGAGCGACGAAGAGGAUGAAACUGCGGUCGUGAACGAUGAAGACGAAGACGACGACGAAGAGGACGAAGAAGCGAGUUACUCGUCAAGAAUGAGCAACAAAUCGGAAAAGAACAUGGCCGAUUUCGAUGGAGAAGACGAUUCUGUGUGCGAAGAAGAAUUGGCUCAAUUGGCCGAAAGAGCUAGAUUGGAGCAAGCGUCGCCUAUUGUGGGAGUAGUCGAACGCAAAAAGGAAAGGAUGGGCGGAUUCAGGACGGAGGACGUUUGCAAACCUGGAAACACUUUGUUAUGGGACUUGUUACAAGACGACAAAAUUUGCCAGUUGGGGGAAGGUUUGGCGUUGGAGGCUGAAAAAACUUUGUGCAAUUUAGUUUGUUACACUCCGGAUAAAGAGAUUCGUAUGAAAUUUAUCGAAGGAUGUUUGGACAAUCUCGCCAACAACACGUGUGUGAUCGUUUCUUUACGCACGCUCCCUAAACUGCUCACCUCCUUUCGAGGUUUGGACAUGCACCACGUGACCCAUUGGGCCGAUCGUCAGCAUCACAUGAUGCGCCACUUUUUCGGCUGUCUCCGUGCGUACGCGUCGGACCGCACGAAGGCCCCGCCCCUCUACACACACCAGAUGCAGGUGCAAGUACGCUUGCAUUUUUUGUCUGCCGUUUUCUCGCCCGUCGUUUCGCCCAAUACGUUCAAAUUGAGCAUCGAACAAGUGGAUAUUUUGUGGUCCUGUCUGGCCAACGAUCCGGAAUGUUGCGACGAACUCUUCAGUUGGCUGCUGUCGCAAACGAAAACGACCGAACUGCACGCGCUUAAAUUGGACGCCCUGAGGCGCAUCUACACGCACCACCUGCCCAGUUUGCCGCCCGAAUCCUACAGCAUGAUCUGUUUGGGUCUUUUGCAACAGCUCUGCAGUUUGGAUCAUCUUCUGGGCGGCGGAUCGGACGACGAGGGCAGCGGAAACGUGGGCAUGGAUCACAUGUGGAAGAUCGCACUCAAGGCGGACAAUACGGACGUGAGCAUGGCCGCCAUCCAAUACAUAACGUCUUCGUACAUGGGCCGCAACUUGCGCAACGAACGCCGCUUCGUCGCCCAGUGCAUGACCAAUCUUCGGGCUGCCGCCGCCGAUCUCCACUCCAGCACGUCGCAGGACGCUUCCUUGCUGUGCAUACAACGCGCCUUGCUGCUGAUGAAGACGCACAUCGAAACGUUCUUUAAACGCUACGCGUAUCAUUUGCGGAAGUGGGCGCUGGAGGGACGAGGAAUUAUCAGCCACGCCCCGACCACCGACAGACAGACCGUCCCGCCGAUAAGACUGAUCGUGCAGUCGGGCAGUAGUUCGGAGAAAUGCGUGUUCGAGAUGCAGACGGGAGAUCUGGUGGCCGAGUUGAGGGCGGAGGUGGUCAAGUGGUGCGUCAAGGGUGACGGAAGCGCCGGCGGCGGGGAGGAGAAGGCCGAUCCUUGGAUCAGGAUCAUAACGCAGGGACAAGAGUUGCCGGGAGAUUGUGACGAAAAGACGUUGGGCGAGAUGGGCUUCAAGGACAAUCAGGUCGUGUACGUUUCGGCGGGGGCGUCGAGGUCGACGAGGAGACGCGAUCAUUUAGAUUGCCCCUCGGCCAGACCGGCUCCUCCACGUGACUCCCUUCCGACGCUGUUGCUCCUGCAGCCCGAUUAUUUCGAACAAUUGUUCGCGUUGAUGCGGUCGCUUAGUUGCAUGAAGAUGACCGUCAAAGGAGGACGUCGCAUUCCGCACACCAAGGCGCAAGUGUUGAGUCGCCGAGUGUGGGACAUUUUGAACCUGAUGCCCACCAGCCCCGAACUGUUGCACGGCUUUCGCCACUUGGACCGUCCUUUGCACCAACUUCUCGAUCCUUCGAGCGCACAGAGGCUCAUGUAUUCUUUGAGCGUGGUCGAAGCGUUGGCUCAAGAAACCGUUCCGAUCGCCAAAGAGACGAAAGAGAUUAGAAAGAAGAAAGACGAAGAGGAAAAAGAGACGAAGAAGGUGAACGAAGACGAAGAAGCGAUCGUAAAAUUAAAAGAGGAGGAAGGAAAGGAGGGGAACGGUGAAAAGGAAGAAACGGUGACGGAAGACUGGAGUUCGAGAUUUGUCAAGUACGGCGGACUGAGACAUCUGUUCGACAUUUUUAUGUCUGGUGUUUUACAAAGAGAUUGCGAAGAAGAUUCCGACUGGCGUCAAGACUGCCUCGCCUCAUUACUGAAAACGUUGUGCAGAUUGGGCGUGACCGGAUCCGUCAAUCGUUCCGCUUUGGACGGUAACAAGACAAAUCAAGUUUCCGUGGUGAAAAAAGAACUGCUCGAGUUGAUGGUGGUGGACAGAACGAUGGCGAAACUCUGUGGAAUAUUGGAGGAAGCGUCCAGACCGAGAGAUCCGGGAUUAUGUCGAACCGGAGUUUGGGGAAGGGCGCAGGUGGUCCAUUAUGCAAUGGCUCUUUUGGUACCGUGGUUGCACUGCAGCGAGGAAGCACGACAAGGACUGUUUGAAUCAUCGAAUUUUGCCGAUUGGUUGAAGAGAUUAAUUUUGGACGAUCCGGAGCCAGCAGUGAGGAGAGAAACUUGUUCGGCAGUUUAUAGAUUAUGUGUGGGCAACGGGAACGGGAACGGAUUGAAAUUAGCCGGACCGGUUCUGGCUAAACUGUUAAACUAUCUAGAUUGUGCGGAAGGAAUGAGGCCGCAAAAACCUGAAAUGAACACUCCCGAUGACGGUAAAGAACCGUACGGUCCCGCUUGUCGAGACUACUUUUGGCUAGUCGCCAGACUGAUCGACGAACUGCCUUCUUCGGAUGAAGACAAUCAAGCUCAGAUCGACAUAGAGGCGUUGACCAGAAGAGUUUCGCGGUCGUUGAUUGAAAGAGACUUUUUGGAGUCGCGACACAGAACGGUGGAUGAUGACGGUUUGGUCGGACUGUUGACGGUGGCAGCCAGUUUAGCAAGAAGGAGACCGGCAUUCAGAACGGACGGGGGUGGUCAGGAAUUGAUCGAUCAGGUGUUUGAUUUCCUGUUCGCCCUUCCCAAUCCCAAAUUGAGACACGUGCCCAAAUGUAAAUCGGCGCGUGCUCGAACCGCUGCUUUCGAUUUGCUCGUCGAACUGGUCAAAGGUUGUCCCGAAAAUUAUGACAUUUUGCACGAGAAACUGCUCAAGCAACACCAGCCAGGUCCUCACUCGCCCUAUCCUUGGGAUUAUUGGCCGCACGAUGACGGCCGUGCCGACUGCGGAUACGUGGGCCUCGCUAAUUUGGGGGCGACCUGUUAUAUGGCGUCGUGCAUGCAGCAUCUGUACAUGAUGCCGGCCGCUCGAGCUUCGAUACUGGCGGCAGAUCACACGCACGCCCGUCACGGACAAACGCUGAGGGAGAUGCAGAGGAUGUUCGCCUAUUUGUUGGAGAGCGAACGCAAGGCGUACAAUCCCCGCGGCUUCUGUAAAGUGUACACGAUGGACCAUCAACCGUUAAACACGGCCGAACAAAAGGACAUGGCCGAAUUUUUCAUCGAUCUCGUCAGUAAAUUGGAAGAGAUGACUCCGGAUUUGAAACGCGUCGUCAAAUCUUUAUUUUGCGGCGUCAUCACCAAUAACGUCGUCAGUUUGGAUUGUGAGCACGUCAGCAGAACUCUAGAAGAAUUCUACACGGUCCGUUGUCAGGUGGCAGACAUGCGCAAUUUAUACGAAUCCCUCGACGAAGUUACCGUCAAAGACACUUUGGAAGGCGACAACAUGUACACGUGUUCGCAGUGCGGCAAAAAAGUUCGAGCUGAAAAACGGGCCUGUUUCAAAAAAUUGCCGAACAUCCUCUGUUUCAACACCAUGCGAUACACGUUCAACAUGCUCACGAUGCUAAAGGAGAAAGUCAACACGCACUUUUCCUUCCCGUUGCGGCUAAACAUGAACGGUUACGUGGACCAUCAUCAGGAAUCGACCCAAGACGACGAACAAGAACCGAAGGGACACGAAUACGACCUGAUCGGGGUCACCGUUCAUACUGGAACGGCGGACGGAGGACAUUACUACAGUUUCAUUAAAGACAGGAUGCAGGAAAAGUGGUUCCUGUUCAACGAUGCGGAGGUGAAACCGUUCGAUCCGCAGCAAAUAGCUACCGAAUGUUUCGGAGGAGAGAUGACCAGCAAAACGUACGACAGCGUGGCGGACAAAUUCAUGGAUUUUAGCUUCGAGAAAACUAACAGCGCAUACAUGUUGUUUUACGAAAGAUGCACGGCCACAGAAGAAGUGGACGUGGAGGUCGGUUCGUCGUCGACUCAGGUUAAUACGAGCGUAACUUCGACCGUUUCUUCAGCUUCAAAUCCCGUUUUAUCACCAGAAUUGGAGGACUGGAUUUGGAGAGACAACAUGCACUUUAUACAAGACAAGAAUAUAUUCGAGCAUACCUAUUUCAAUUUCAUGUGGCAAAUGUGCGGUCACAUCCCGCAAACGCUUCUUUCCUCCGCCACCGCCAAAGCCGCCGAACUUUCGACCACCUUCUUCAUCGAAACGUUCAUACACGCCAAAGAGAAGCCCACGAUGGUACAGUGGGUGGAGUUGGUCACGAAGCAGUUUAACGCCUGUCCGAAAGCGUGCGAAUGGUUCCUGGAUCACAUGGCCAAGGAUACGUGGUGGCCCGUUCAAGUGUUACUCAAAUGUCCCAACCAGAUGGUCCGACAGAUGUUUCAGCGGCUGUGCAUGCACGUCGUCCAAAGAUUGAGACAAACUCAUUCAUGUUUGUACCCGAAAACCGAUCAGAGUGAACCGGAAACGGCCGAUCGAUCGACCUUCAGCGGUUCCUGCGUCACCAGAUUCAUCAAGACCCUGUUGUCACUGAUGGAACACGGAGCGAAAUCACAUCCGAAACAUUUAACGGAGUAUUUUGGUUUUCUGUACGAAUUCAGCAAAAUGGGCGAGGACGAGACCAAAUUUCUUUUGGCCUCGGACGCAAUCAGCACCAUGGUUCACUUUUAUUUGGGACAAGGCGCAAACGACUUUGUGGAUGUCAGUGACGGAGAUGACGAAGACGAAGCGGCCGUUUCGAUAGCCGCCGCCGCGGACAAAUACAAACCGGCCAGUCUGGACAAGAUGAUCACGUUAAUUGCCUCGCUGGUCGAGAAAUCUCGCGACUCUGCCGGAAAGCUGCAGCUCAGUGAGAAGGACUACAACGCGGUGGCGGGAGGGAAGGGAUUCGCUUUUCUCCAUCAGCAGAUCCGCGACAACAUCAACCUGCAGCAGACGCGCAAUCUGAUACAUUCUUUGUGCAAAUCGAGCGGCGGCAACGCACUGGCACAAUCGAUAAUCUGUAUGGUGUCCCAAGCCAUCGCUCGCCAUUCGGAGGCGUGUCAGCCCUUCUUUAAAAUGCUCACGCUACUAACGGAGGGCGGAUCGACCGGCGCGGCCUCGGGUUCGACGUCUCAGCCGCCGUGUUUCACUCAGCUGGUGCUGCAGAAGGUUUGGGAGGCGGCCGAGUGCUGUCCAUACUCGGCGCUCGACUGGUUGGCUUUGCAGGUGACGAGAAACAGAUUGGUUCAUCAGUGGGUUCUGUCGUCGGUAGAUUCGUGGUUGGAGCACUUUCUGAUCGCCCACAACAAUCAGCGGGUACGAACGGCCGCCGGCUAUCUGCUGGUCUCGCUCGUUCCGUCGUCCGCCUUUCGGCAGGGAUUCCGCGCCACGCAUCGCAUGCAACGCGAACCGCAGCUCGGCGCGGACGCUCAGUCGGUUUUGCACCAGGUGUACGGCGCCCUUUUGCGGUUGCUGGCGCCGGCCAAACAUUACACGGAGACCGGUCAGCACGGCACCACCAAACUGACCACCUACUUUGCAUUGUUAAUGUAUUGUUGCGUGUCGAGGGCGGAGAAGUUGAUGUUUGGCCAAUACUUCGUUCAACUGUGGUACCUGUUCCAUCCGAAGCUGAGCGAACCCUCUAUCCCGGCCUACCACAACAAGCAGGCUCUCCUCGCUUUUUGGAACCACGCUUGCACGGACUGUCCGGAAAAUGUGCAGCUCAUGCUCCAGAACGGGCACGUCACCAAGAACAUCGCGUUCAACUACAUCCUUGCGGAUCACGACGAUCAAGAAAUCGUCAUGUUCAAUAGGGCCAUGUUGCCGGCUUACUAUGGCCUCUUGCGCAUGAUGUGUCAACAGUCGAGGGUGUUUACGCGAAACCUGGCGCAGCAUCAGAACUUGCAGUGGGCGUUCAAGAACAUCACCCCGCAUCCCACUCAGUAUCCGCAGGCGGUUGAGGAACUGUUCAAGUUGAUGCAGCUGAUGAUCAUGAAACAUCCGGACGCAACCGAAGCCGAACAACGGGAAAUUUGCAAUUUCAGACGUACCACUUUGAUGACAUACUUACAAUGUUUGGAUGGAAGGACUAGUUGGGGCACGUUAAUCUCGGCAUUCCGAAUUCUGUUGGAAACCAACGACGACAAACUGUACGUCGUUUACAAUGGCGGUUUGCAAAUCGUAUUCGAAUGCUUUCAAAACCUGCACGUGAUGCUGCACGAGGCGACGGCGUGUCACGUAUGUGGCGACCUUCUCGACGUGUUGUCAAUCCUGCAGGACUUGAUCCGUGCCGUCAGGACGUUCAGGGAGGCGAAGGACGCGCGUGCCCUUUUGUUGGCGACGAAGGAUUGGCCCGAAGUGAUACGGAAACUGGCGACUCUAUUGAACACGUACAAUCCUCAGGACGUGCGAACUUUAUCCAUAGACGUCCUGAAAGAGUUCGUCCUCACCACGACCCCGGAAUCGCUUCAGGUGUUGGUGCCUCUGCUCUACCACUGUCACACGGCCUACCAGGAGAGUCAAGACGCGGCCGUGCCUCUGGGCCCGUAUUUUCCCAGAAGAGGUCACACCCAGGUGCAGAGCACGGUGGUGGGUAAGGGAGCGGCCAGACCUCUGAGACCGAUGGUCCAGAUGACGGUGCCGCACAAUCAGCUCGAAUGCGCCAGGGGCGUGGAUCCGAACUACGACGCCGCCCUGGACGCCCACUACGCCCCCUACCAUUCACUCAUUGACGUUCUGUUUCGGCUCGCCGUCAACGCCGAUUGCGUGGUCGACUCGCUCGUCGGCCUGUCGGCAAUCGUCGGCUUCGAGGCCGUUCCUCUGCACUCCGUUCAUUUCCCCAAACUGUGGCUGGACGUGCUGAGGGCGCAGAACAUCGACAGAAAAUACAUCACGAUGUUGAGUUCGAACAGUUACUUUGUCGAUUACGUCGACGCCGUUUUGUUGGACGAGCGCUCUUCCCUCGCCAUCGAUCCCAUAUACGAGUUUCUCGUCGCCUUCUUCCCCAAAGUUUCGAAUCGAGUUCUGACGGAAAGAACACUGACAACGAUAACGGCGGGCGUCCAGUCGCUGAUCGAGCACGCGUCCACUUUGGAACUGUGCACGAAUCGGUUGGCGGGCGACGUCCGCGCUCUCGCUCUGGUUUACGGAAGCGAGGAUCGCCCCGCGCCUCCGCAGCUGCCCCUCACGCUCAACCGAAUACGGGGACGGAUCGGCAGAGAGAUGGAACGGGUCAACGGUGAGUCAAAGUCCGACGAGAAGAAGGAAGAGGCGAGCACCUCGAAAGGUGCUGCGACCAAAGAAGCGGCCAAGGCGGACGACCUCAAACGUUUGGAUCGAAUCGUCGCAGAAGUUUUGGACGUUUUGAACAAGUGAUCAGUUUAUUGAUUUUUUAUUUUUUUUCUUUUUUGUAUAGAUUCUUUGAUGAACGAAUAAAGUUUUUUUAAUUGA